AUGCUACAGCUGCGGCAGGAGAAAGAUGCACUCUGUCUAUCGGGGCAUCAGUGCGGAUGCCGGCCCUCUGUGAUCGGCACGAGCAGGCGAAAGUGGGCGGAGCAGGCAGCGCUCCUGUCCAAUCGGAGCGUGCGUCCACAGCCUCGUGCGUGUGUGCGCUCCCGCCCCGCCCUCCCCGCUCAGAAAACAGUGAAACCCUCCCACAGAGCGACUCUCAGCCCCAGCCACGCCAACAACAUGCGAGCCCAAAUCGAAGUUAUACCAUGCAAAAUCUGCGGAGACAAAUCAUCAGGCAUUCACUACGGGGUCAUCACAUGUGAAGGAUGCAAGGGCUUCUUCAGACGUAGUCAGCAGAACAACGCAUCAUACUCCUGCCCUCGCCAGCGAAACUGCCUCAUCGACAGAACGAACCGAAACCGCUGCCAGCACUGCCGCCUGCAAAAAUGUCUCGCCCUAGGAAUGUCCAGAGAUGCUGUAAAAUUUGGUCGUAUGUCCAAAAAGCAGCGUGACAGUCUGUACGCAGAGGUCCAGAAGCACCAGGCGCGACUGCAGGAACAGCGGCAGCAGCAGACCGGGGAGGCGGAAGCUUUAGCACGCGUUUACUCCACCAGUCUAACCAACGGACUGUCCACCCUUAACCAUGAGAUUGGGGGCACGUACGCCAACGGUCAUGUCAUAGAGCUACCCAAGGGCGGCCAUGGAAACGGAGGGGUCCCAGGAUACUAUGGCAUUGACUCCACUCAGGCCUCGCCCGACCAAUCAGGACUGGACAUGUCAGGCAUGAAGCACAUCAAACAGGAGCCUGUGUAUGACCUCACGCCGGUCCCAAACUUGUUCAGCUAUGGAGGCUACCAGGAGACUCAACUGGGACCCAAUAAUGUUAGCAUGGGAGAGCUAGACCGUAUUGCUCAGAAUAUCAUAAAGUCCCACUUGGAGACAUGUCAGUACACGGCAGAUGAGCUGCAGCAGUUAGCGUGGCAGACACACUCCUACGAGGAAGUCAAGAUGUACCAGAGCAAGCCUCGGGACGUUCUGUGGCAGCAGUGUGCCAUCCAAAUCACCCAUGCAAUUCAGUAUGUAGUGGAGUUCGCCAAGCGCAUCUCAGGGUUCAUGGAACUGUGCCAGAACGAUCAGAUCCUGCUCCUGAAGUCAGGCUGUUUGGAGGUGGUCCUGGUCAGGAUGUGCCGAGCUUUCAACCCUCUUAACAACACUGUUCUGUUUGAAGGGAAGUACGGCGGCAUGCAGAUGUUCAAAGCACUAGGUUGUGACGACUUAGUGAGUGCGGUGUUUGACUUUGCCAAGAGUUUGUGCUCGCUGCAGCUCACCGAGGAAGAGAUCGCUCUGUUUUCAGCUGCUGUACUCAUUUCCACAGAUCGACCGUGGCUGAUGGAACCCAGGAAGGUUCAGAAGCUACAAGAAAAGAUAUAUUUUGCCUUGCAGCACAUAAUGCAGAAGAACCACAUGGAUGAAGAUGCAUUGGCAAAGCUGAUCAGCCGGGUCCCCACACUGUCUGCCCUGUGCACGCUUCACACAGAAGAACUGCAGGCCUUUCAGCAGCUCCACCCCGAAACAGUCAACGUCCUGUUCCCUCCGCUUUACAAAGAACUAUUCAACCCGGACCCAAACUCCACAAUGACCAUGCCCAAGUGA